AUGGCCACUACUCAGACAUUACCCGCAUUUGAUCAUACCUCGAGCUUGGACUCGGGGAAUCCGUCACGCAGAAAAUCGCGACAGAAUGCAGCUACUGGUGCCUCUGCUGCGGGGGUGCGUGCUCUUAGUGCACAAUUGGUUGCAUUCUACUUCAGAGCACCUAUCAAGGCAUUUUUUCGCACCCGAGUUGAUUAUAUGUCUUUCGCUAGAGCUGUAAAUCCUCAUUCUGCGAAAACCGGUUGGUCUCUGCACACAACUACUCCGGGGUUACUUGUCCAUGCCGUUCGCACAUAUGGGUGGCGCUUCAUCCCUAAUCAAGUUAUGCCACCUCUCCUAGCGAACGCUGGAAUCGGAGCCGUCCUUUACACAUCAUAUCUACAAGUCCUUGGCGCUUUGUACGAACCGGCGUCCCAAGGCAUCAAACGCUCAGUAGUAGCCGCUCCUCUGGAUGCGCUUCAGGUCCGUCUCCGAGCGAGUGACUUGCUUGAGGGCCCAUACAAGAGCAUGUGGCAUUAUGGCCGCCAUAAACUCAAUCAGAUUGGAGUCCGUGGUAUAUUCGCAGGGUGGGGUUUAUCUUUCACUCGCGACGCUUUUGGUUAUGCAGUAUUUUUCUCUUUCUUCGAGUUCGUGAAGUCGCAGGCCUACUAUUCAUUUCUGACCUGGUACUACGGCUCACGGCGGACUCAUUACGCGGAACAGUUACAGCACAUCCAAUCGAGUGACCGCGGCGUACCGCUCAUAAGGCCACAUUAUGCUCUGGAGCCAUGUUUCUUGAUGGCUGCAGGUGUUGCAGCUUCAGUUGCUCAACAGAGUAUACAGCACCCGCUAAGUGCUAUCCAAAGUCUCCAUGUUGCUCGCCUGGAAUACAUUGACCAUCAAGCGAGUCUUCAUCCUUCAAGACGAGAAAUGCUGCGCCUGUAUUACUCUGCAUACCAAGAAACCUUGAAGAGAUGCAGGAGAAAGGCAUCCAGAGCAGGUGGCUGGCGUCGUUGGCUGUUCCGUGGGUUUGCAAGGGACGCCAUCCGUCAAGUACCUAGCACUAGUGCAGGCUUGGUGAUAUUCGAGCUGGUGCGUCGUAAGUACGCUAAUAUGGCAGACGCUGUAUAUAUCCAGAAAGAUGGCUAUGACAUUCUUUUGACAUGA